ACGCACAAAAUCUCCAAUGGGCCAAUCUCAAACGCAGAGUAGGGAGUUAAAAUUGCCCCCAAAUGACAGAAACACCCUUCGUCGUCUCGCGCGGAGUUGUUUAAUGCUGCAACAACGGGAGAUGCAUAAAGGUCAUUUCCUGCUCUGGGAGAUCGGGCACCCUCCCUCUGGUUCCCGGGCGAGCCCGGCGACCUCCCCUCUGACCGGGCCGUGGGUCUCCCGCUGCAGAUCCGUAUCGUCAUCGGCAUACGAACCCGUAUAAACAUACGGUGGCCUGACCUCCGGCGAUGUCUCGGCUCCUGUUUGGGAGGGGGGAGAAAUAAAUAGCAGGGAAGGGCGCGCGGCUCCCAAACGCGAAACUCAUUUUCCUUUUCCAUUUUCCCCCUCGAAAAAUUUUCCCUCUUUUUUUCUCUCAGGAGGAAGAUAACAGAGAGAGAGAGAGGUUGGGACUCGCCAAGCGCAGGAGAGGGGAAUUACUUCGGCCGAUUAACGGCUGGAUGAGCUCCCUACCCACCGGUAGGCCGUACGAUUCGUCAGGGGCCCGGUGAAUUUUCAUGUUUCAUACGCUGUGUUGUGGAUAGGUUCCGCGGAAUCUUUGAUUCGAGCGCCAUCUUGAAACCCUACAUUGCAAGGAGGGGCAAGGAAAAUUAGGGUUUUGGAGGUCGAUCGGAGCCAGCAUGAGAGCCGGCGCCUCUCGGGAAGGGGAGGCGUAGGGCUCGCGGGGGGGUUCACAGAUUCCCCCCAUGGGCGAUGGAGGUGUGGCCUGCGUUUCUUCUUCCUCGCAGCAUAUCAUGGAGCGUUUCGCCCCCGCCCCUACCUAUGGCACCCUCCGCUCGACCCUGCAGUUUCCGGAUCGAUCCCCCGAGAAGCCGGAUAAGAAGACGGAGGCAGAGAAGAAGGAGGAGAGGUCGAGGGUGCUGGUACCGUCCCGGCUGUCGGAGAACGAGGACAGAGAUAGAGAAUUGUCGCGGCACCAUAGCAGUGCUUCCAGCUCCGGCGACCACCGGAAGCGGCAGUCGCGCGAGGAGUCGGAUUACCGGUCCAGGAGGCAUUAUUAUGAGCAGGAAGAAGCUUCAAGAACGAGCUUAGCUUCUUCCUCGAAGAGCAGAAGAGUCUCAGAGGACUCUAGGAGUCCUGGGUUUUCAAGGAGUUACAGGGAUUCAAGGUCGAGCAAGUACUCUCGCCACCUUGAUUCUGAUAGGAACCAUGACCGUCACGUACGCAGCCCAAGCCAUUCCGAUAGGCGCCAUGAUCGCGACGGUCGGAGUCCUAGCCACUCGGACAAGCAUCAAGAUCGACAUGCUCGAAGCCCUAGUCACUCGAGCAGGCACCGUGAUCGCCAUGCUCGGAGCCCUAGCCGCUCCGAAAGGCAUUACGAUCGUCACGCUCGAAGUCCAAGCCGUUUAGACAGACACCAUGAUCGUUAUGCUCGGAGCCCAAGUGAUUCAGAUAGGCACCGUGACCGCUCUUUCCGGAGCCCUAGCCGCUCAGAAAGGUCUCCGAGAGGGAGCAAGUUGCACCAUUCUGACUACAGGGAAGCCAGCAGGAAAAGCAGGCGAUAUAGCUCUCCUGAUCGACAUAACAGGCGAACACACGAAGAAAGGCGCUCACCAUCUCACGGGAGAGAUUCUUACAAAAGUUCAUCUCGACCACCUACAUCGACUGGCGCAGGUGCACAAAACGCCGAUAAGGUUCCUUCUGAUGAUCAAGAGCAGAAGCUAAAGGAAAAUUCAAGUACAAAUUGUGAGGAGAAGGCGGCUACUCAAGUUGCUGCUGAUGAAACUGGUAACUGCGUUACUGAGGAAUUGGUUUCAAUGGAGGAGGAUAUGGAUAUCUGUGACUCGCCACCUUAUGUUGCUCAAGAACAUUCAGGGUUGAAUACUACCAAUUCGUUUGUCGGCAACUGGUUUUAUCUUGAUCACCUUGGGAUCGAACGAGGGCCAUCAAGAUUGUGCGAUCUCAAGAAGAUGGUGGAGGAUGGUCUUUUGGUUUCUGACCAUUUGAUUAAGCACUCACAGAGUAAUAGAUGGAUGACGGUUGAAAAUGCCGCUUCACCUUUGGUGUCUCUGAACCUAACGUCCAUAGUGUCAGACUCAGUAACACAGUUGGUGACCCCCCCUGAAGCGCCAGGCAAUGCUCUGAAUGAAGCCGGAGAGUUGGAACCCGCAUCAGAAAUUAGGCCUGAGAAGCAAGAACGAGCUGAAGUGGUGGAGAACGAUUCAGCCUCUCCCUCGGAGGAUCUUCAUAUUGAUGAUAGGGUGGAGGAGCUCCUGAAGGGCCAUACUGUAGUUCCUGGGAGAGAAGUGGAGACUCUUGCAGAAGCACUGCAGAUUACUUUUGAUGAAACCGAGAGGGAGACCCAUUAUGGUUCUGAAGGUUUUAUUAGACCUUGGGAUGUCUACGGUGAUUGGUCCAGACAUGUCAGAGACGAGGGAUUUUGUAGGGGUCACGAAACUUUUAGGGAUAGUCCACACAGGCAUGAUCUUAGAUCAGUUGCACCUGUUGAUAAGAGCUUGUUCGCAGGCAGGUGGUCAUGCCAUGGUGGUGAUUGGAAAAGAAACGAUGAAGCUGUUCAUGACCGGCUAUCUAAAAGAAAGGUUGUGCUCAAUGAUGGUUUCCCACUUUGUCAAAUGCCCAAGUCUGGGUAUCCAGAUCCUCGUUGGCAUAGACCUGAAUUCCUUGCUUUGCACCUCAGGAGGUUGGAGAUACCUCCUUGGGCUUAUUUUUGGCCUGAAGAAAAAAGUGAUCAUGCUCAGCAAUCUGAUACUUUAUCUGAGGGUCAUUCUUCAAACCCUGCACUUUCAGAUUCCUCAGUUUCGUCUCAUGGUACUUCUGGCACUUCAAAUGAUUACGUGAAAGUCGUGAAGAACAAUACUGCUGAAAUUAAUAGAGGAAUACCUGCUAACAGAAUGGGUCAAAGCAAACCUGUACUUGCGAAGAUUUGUAGAGGAUUGGCCCAACCUGUGGUAAGAAAUAAUGCCUUCAUGGUCAAGAAUCAUGCCUCUGUAAUCAAGGAGCUACGUUCUAAGCUGAACCAAGCCAGUGAGAGUUUGCAGUCUGGUCAGUUGCAUAGUCAGCAGUCUGCAGCUUGUGACGGUAAGAGCUCAUUGGUUGAAGAUACAUCUCACACCAAGGCUCAGCCACGGGAUUCACGGGGGCUAGUGAAAUGCGGGGCUGAUGAGAAUGCUAAGAAAAGUUGUGUUCUGACAGCAGAUGAUUUGAAUAUAAAUAUGGGUGAGUGGUACUACUUGAAUGGUGCUGGACAUGAGCAAGGCCCUUCGUCAUAUUCUCAUUUGCAGGCUUUAGUUGCCAAUGGAACCCUCCCAGACAACAGCAGUGUAUACAGGAAACAAGAUAAUAUAUGGGUGCCCGUGACAUCUGCAACAUCAAGUUCUAAGGUUGCAGGCAGCUCUGAUCUGAAACUUGCUUCUGGAUCUACUUGUGGGCAGGUUAAACAAAAUCAGCCUGAGACACAUGUGUUGACAGGGGCUCAAAUUUCCGGUUGUAUUUCUAGGACUGCACUGAUGGAAAGCAAUGUGGUCACUAAUAGCUCCUUCCAUUAUUUAUAUCCACAAUUUGUUGGUUACACACGUGGUAGGCUGCAUGAACUAGUGAUGAAAUCAUUUAAGAGUCGGGAAUUUGCUGCAGCUAUAAACGAAGUUCUGGACCCAUGGUUGAAUGCGAAGCAACCCAAGAAAGCAGCUGAGAAACCCUUCUCGACUAAUUUUGGUUCAUGGGUUUCCUCAAAUGGUAGAAACUCCUUGGUAUCUUCCAAUGACUUUUCUGCAUAUGGUCAGUCUGCAAAAAAACCCCGGGUAUUCAUUUAUGGAACUGAAGAAGACAAUGAUGAUGAAAAAUUAUCAAAAGAACAUAGAGAAGAAUUCUCCUUCGAAAGUAUGUGUUCUGGUGCUGAUUUUGGUCAACAAAGUAGUAACGGCCCCUACAUUGGAGAUGAAAGUUGGGGUCUCCUUAAUAACCGCAUUUUAGCAAGAAUAUUCCACUUCCUGAGAGCUGAUAUGAAGUCUCUUGCAUUUUCUGCUGCUACUUGCAAGCACUGGAGCCUUGCUGUCAAAUUCUAUAAGGACAUAUGUAGGCAGGUUGAUUUGUCACAAAUGGGUCCUCAUUGUACUGAUUCUGUAUUCCAGAAUAUUAUGGGUGGCUACAACAAAGAAAAACUCCUAUCUAUUGUCUUAACGGGAUGUACAAAUAUUAGUGCUGGUGCACUUGAUGAAAUUCUCCAGUCAUUUCCUUCUGUUUCAUCUAUAGAUAUAAGACGAUGCAAACAGUUCAGUGAUUUGCCCCAAAAAUUUCAUGGUGUUAAAUGGAGAAAGAGUUAUAGUCAUCUUGUGAUUGACGAGAUAAAUGCUGAUGAAGAUGCAAAUAAGAUUUGGAACCAUAAACAGCUAAAUGCAAAGAGCCCUUUGAUUUCCAGGGCAUUAAGAGGCUUAGAUGGUUACUUGGAUGAUAAAAGGAGUACUAGAGAUAGCCUAAGCUUGGAUGGUUUUUCUGGGAGAGAUUCAGUUCGAAAAUUAUAUCCUAAUAAAUUCAAAAAUUCAAAAUCGGUUGGUUCUAGAAAGUUUCCCUCAAUCCUUCCAAGGAAUGCCCGCAUGAAAGGCUUGUUUCCGGGGAAAUCUUUGCCAUUGUCCGUGAGGAGAUACAAGAAAAAGGAGGGUAUUCUUGCCGUUGGUAUAAAGGAGAUAAUGAGAGAGAAUACCUUUGAAUUUUUUCUGCCGAAGGUGGCCGAAAUUGAAGAAAGAAUGUACAAUGGAUAUUACGAUCAACGUGGUUUGGAGUCGGUUGUCGAUGACAUCAGCAGAAUGUGCCGUGAUGCAAUAAAAGCAAAUACACACAAUGAUGAUGGUGAUAUGACUCCAAUUAUUAGGUUGUUUAUGAAACUCGUUACAAGCUUGCAGGAGAACUCUACAUCACUUCAUGAGAGUGAAGAGAUAUCAAGGACUUCGAAGGAUGGCUCAGCCUCAGUAUGUGGUGCUAUUUCUUCCAAAAAUAAGAAGAAAGAUCUUAGGUCUACCAAUGAUAAGAGGGGGUUGAGUAAGAGAAGUGGCUCAUUCUCUGGCAAUGGUGUUGAUUUUGGGGACUAUAUGUCUGACAAGGAAUGUAGAAGGCGCUUGUCUAGAUUAAACAAAAAAUCUUUAGAUUCAGAUAGUGAAACAACAGAUGAAUCUGACCUUUCAGUGAACAGUAAGGGUGAUGGAGAAGAUACUGCACCAGAGACAGAUGAGAUGGACUUCCAUUCCGAUGGUGAAGCUGGAAACUCAAAAGAUGGUUAUGCAGUGGAAUAUGAGUCUGUUGAUUCUAUGACUGAAGAUCGCGAAUGGGGUGCUCGCAUGACAAAAGCUAGCCUUGUCCCUCCAAUUACUAGGAAAUAUGAAGUUAUUGAUCAUUAUGUUGUUGUUGCGGAUGAGGAAUAUGUGCGAAGGAAGAUGCAAGUUGCUUUGCCUGACGAUUAUGCUGAAAAACUUGCUGCACAGAAAGAAGGAGUGGAGGAGUUGUUAGAAAUUCCAGAAGUAAAGGAUUAUAGACCAAGAAAAACACUAGGAGAUGAAGUUUUAGAACAGGAAGUCUAUGGUAUUGAUCCUUAUACACAUAACCUUCUUCUUGACUCUAUACCAGAAGAACUGGAGUGGACUCUUCAAGAGCAGUGUUCUUUCAUUGAAGAGGUACUUCUCACUGCUUUAAAUAAGCAAGUAAGGUGCUUCACUGGCACUGGGAAUGCUCCAAUGGAGUACAAUUUGAAACCUGUUAUUGAAGAAAUUCAAAAUAAUGCUGAAGAAGGUGGUAACAAACGGAGUCGAGAAAUUUGCCAAGCUCUUUUAAAAUCUGUUGAGAGUCGCCCUGAUGAUAAUUAUGUUGCCUACAGAAAGGGAUUAGGGGUUGUUUGCAACAAAAUGGAGGGCUUUGGUGAAGAUGAUUUUGUGGUGGAGUUCUUGGGUGAGGUUUACCCUGCUUGGAAAUGGUUUGAAAAGCAAGACGGCAUCAGGUUCUUGCAGAAGAAUAGUCAAGACCCAGCUCCUGAGUUCUACAAUAUAUAUUUGGAGAGGCCAAAGGGUGAUCGUGAUGGUUAUGAUCUUGUUGUUGUUGAUGCCAUGCAUAAAGCAAAUUAUGCAAGCAGAAUCUGUCACUCCUGCAGGCCAAAUUGUGAGGCAAAAGUAACUGCUGUAGAUGGGCAGUACCAGAUUGGAAUUUAUACAGUGAGGCCUGUAGCAUAUGGUGAAGAGAUCACUUUUGAUUAUAAUUCUGUGACUGAGAGCAAGGAAGAGUAUGAAGCAUCGGUGUGCCUAUGUGGCAGUCAGGUCUGUAGAGGUAGCUAUUUGAACUUGACAGGAGAAGGAGCUUUCCAGAAGGUAAUGAAGGAAUGCCAUGGAAUUCUUGACCGACAUAGGUUGAUGCUGGAGGCAUGCGAACUCAAUUCUGCUACAAAGGAUGAUUAUGAUGACCUGGGAAAAGCAGGCUUGGGCACGUGCUUGCUCUCUGGGUUGCCUGAUUGGUUAAUCACAUAUUCUGCUCACCUUGUAAGAUACAUAAAUUUUGAAAGAACCAAGCUUCCCGAGGAGAUUCUUAAACAUAAUUUAGAAGAGAAAAGAAAAUUCUUUUCUGAUAUUUGCCUGGAGGUUGAGAAGAAUGAUGCUGAUGUUCAGGCAGAAGGUGUGUACAACCAGAGGCUUCAGAAUUUGGCAGUCACUCUUGACAAGGUCAGGUAUGUCCUCCGGUCUGUGUUCGAUGAUCCUAGUAAAGCACCACCGCCCAUGCAGAAAGUUAGUCCUGAAGAUCUAGUAUCUCUUCUAUGGAAAGGAGAGGGUUCACUAGUCGAAGAAUUACUGCAGUGUAUGGCUCCUCAUCUGGAUUCAGACGUGCUCAAUGAGCUAAAGUCCAAAAUUCGAGCUCGUGAUCCAACUGGCUCUGAUGAUGUCAAGAGGGAACUGCGAAGAUCUUUGUUAUGGUUGCGGGAUGAGAUGAGGAACUUACCGUCAUCAUACAAAUGCCGGCAUGAUGCUGCGGCUGACUUGAUUCAUAUGUAUGCAUACACAAAUAGUUUCUUUACAGUCCGGGAGUAUAAGAGUGUGACUUCAGAGCCUGUUUACAUAAGCCCUCUUGACUUGGGCCCAAAGUAUGCAGACAAAUUGGGUUCAGGGUUUCAAGAGUACCGCAAAACUUAUGGUGAAAGCUAUUGUUUAGGUCAACUGAUUUAUUGGCAUAACCAGACAUUCUCAGACCCAGAUUCUCACUUAGCAAGAGCAAGGAGAGGAUGUCUAUUGCUUCCUCAUCCCUCGUCAUUUUACGUGAGGAAUCAGAAAAUUUCCCGAAAGCAUGUCUAUGGUCAGAGAACGUUGAGAUUGAUGAUGUCUAUAAUGGAAAAGCAGCCUCAGAGACCGUGGCCGAAGGAUCAGAUAUGGGUUUUCAAAAGCACUCAGCUCUUGUACGGGAGCCCCAUGUUGGAUGCUGUUAUAAACAACUCAUCUUUGGACAGGGAGAUGAUGCAGUGGUUAAGGACCAGGCCCACCGUGUCUCAAGCUUCGUGGGACCAAUGACGAGGGGGAGGAGACACACUUGUUUUGGAAUGAUUAUUUUUUUUCCAUUCAAACUUCGCAGCUUCUCGUUGUGCGGGAGUUGGGUAAUCAUUUCAAAACACGUUUGUGUUUCCUCCCUUCUAAUUCUAUGUACAGUUUUCUGUUUUCAUUUUAUGCUUCAUAUUAAUUCAUCAUGUAUCAUGACUUAAUUAGAAUUCAAGAAUAGUAACAUUCACCAUUCUUCUGACCA